GCGACGCUUGCAUUUCAGUCACCCUUGCAGAAUCCGGCGCUACAACUACGGUUCUGCAUUAGCCAACUUGUCCGGGGUCCUUUCUGAGAAAUUAUCCUCCAUGUUGGUCUGCCAGAUUGCAGUUUGAUACUUGAUUGAUACCGGUAGACUAUUAGUCUAAUCUGCAGUACAAUGUCCGCGCUUCAGAGGAAGUUGCAGGGCGCAAGUGGAUUACCGCCGAAGGUUACUCCUUAUUCCAGGCCCCAAGCAAAGAAGAAGGAUUAUUCCACAACUGCUUGGACCACCUAUUAUGAUUCGGAAAGAAAGAUUCAAAUAGAUGAGAGCAAUUCUGUAUUUCACAUGUAUAGAAAGGGGACAGAAGGACCGAUAAUCGUUUUUUUGCAUGGUGGUGGAUUCUCUGGUUUAAGUUGGGCUGUUCUUUCUAAAUCUCUGUGCAACUUGAUCCAUUGUCAGUGUAUUGCCUUUGACCAGAGAGGACACGGUCAGACGUCAACUGAAAACGACACAGAUUUAUCUGCGGAACGACUUUCUGAAGAUGUCGGUGAAUUUGUAAAUGGUCUUAUAUCUGAAUCUUCAUCUACAGCAUCAGUCAUAUUAGUUGGACAUAGUAUGGGAGGAGCGAUUGCCAUUCAUGCUGCAGCAAAAAAUAAAAUACCAAAUCUUGUUGGCCUUAUUGUCAUAGAUGUUGUGGAAGGAUCAGCUAUAGAAAGUUUGCAUGCUAUGCAAGGAGUCCUGAAAAACCGGCCCCAGUCCUUUGAAAGUGCGGAGAAAGCAACAGAGUGGUGUGUAAGAACAGGAUAUGUCAGGAAUCUGGAAUCAGCAAAAGUAUCUAUGAUUGGCCAGCUCAAAAGAUUAGUCGAACCUAUUCAAGUUUCAAAUCGUCAUUAUAGCGAUUCGUCGAGUUCAACAGAGAUACCACAACCCCAAAUGAGUUCCAUUACAGAAGAAGAAAGCGACGAAAGUAGCGAAUCGUCUUCUUGUUGCGACAAUGUAGCUGUAUCGAGCAAAACUUCUCCCCCACACCUUCCACAAAAUUCAAAAACUCAUUAUUAUACAUGGAGAAUCGAUCUCUCUAAAACUUCAAAAUAUUGGCAAGGAUGGUUCAAAGGAAUGUCUUCCAUGUUUCUAUCCGUUGAUGUCCCAAAAAUGUUAAUGUUAGCAGGAGUUGAUCGCUUAGACGCGCAAUUGACGACUGCACAGAUGCAAGGAAAAUUUCAAAUGCAGGUAUUGUCUAAAACUGGUCACGCAGUUCAUGAAGACGCACCUGAUAAAGUAGCGGAAGCAAUUGCGGGAUUUUUAGUUCGUCAUAAGUUUGCUGAACCAGCCAGCGAUUUUAAAAGACCAUUUCCAGCUUGUUGAACUACAUUAAGUCACACCCGUCUUGGCUGUGCAGCAUAAUUUAGCGCUAGAACUACCGAAUACCGGAUAGCAGUUUGUCCAGCUACAUUCUAAGUUCAGCGUUAAUUGUUAUGAAAUAGGCCUUGGAAGGCCAUGCUGCAAUUUAUUAAUUACCGAAAUUGAAUUUGUAUGGCAUGCGUCACGAUUGAAACAGCAUUCUUGUUGGAUUUUGGAAAGUGUCUGCUGCGAUCUCUCAAGCACUUUUUUAUUACUUUUUCUUCUUUUUCCGUUAUUUUCAAAAAUAAAAAAUUUUAUACUA